GUGGUUGUGACAAUGACAUUGAAUGUCAGAUGUAAUCAAACUUUUUCAGCUUUUCUCCUUUUCUAUCAAAAUCAAAUCAAAACAUUGAAAAAUAAAGUUAUAUUUUUACAAUGGAGGAGUAUCUUGCUCGUACGUACAAUAAUUUAAAAACCGGAAACUUCGCAAAACUCACCAUAGUAAUAGGCAACGAGAGCUGCGACUUGGACUCGGCCGCGUCGUCACUUGUUUAUGCUGCCUACUUAUACUGGCAGUACCAGCAGAUCAAGUGUAAGACAUGCACUAAAAGCUAUCGGGAUGAAGGUUUCAAAGAUGACUUGUUUGUGGCGGUGCUGAAUGUGAACAGAGAAGAUUUUCCUAUAAAAACUGAGAUUGGUUACUGCUUUGAUAAGCAUGGGGUGGAGAAGUCACAUUUAGUUUUUAGAAACGACUAUGACUUCGAAGAGUUGGUAAAGAGUCAACCGACAAGCGUAAUAUUAGUGGACCACCAUGUCUUAGCCAGACAAGACUUAUUCCUAGCGCCAUACGUAACAGAAAUUAUAGACCACCGUCCCAAAGACAAAAGUGCAUGGAACUUCAAAGAGGACACUCGGACAACAAUAGAGAUAGUCGGUUCGUGCUGCACAUUAGUUGCGGAACGUAUAAAGCAUUUGUGUACCGUUUUGGGCAAAGAUGUGGAGUUCUUCCAGACGCAUCCUAUUUGUAUAGAACUUCUUCAUAGCACCAUAAUUCUUGACACUGCCAACUUUUCAAAGGAAUACAACAAGGCAACGAAAAAGGAUGAAGAAAUUAUUCUGUUCCUAGAGAGCUUCAUUGAACCUUUUAAUUAUGAAGAGAACAGACAGUGCAAGCACCAACAACUACAGGGUGCUAAGAGCGACGUGUCGGCGCUCACCGCGGCGCAGCUGCUGAGGAAAGACUACAAAGUGUUCGGCCCUGUGUUUGUGCCCGUCUUCCCGAUCUUAGUUGAGGAAGUGCUACAAAAACCUCACAUAAAGCAGGCUCUACACGACGCCCUGUCAACCCACGGGUGUAAACUGGCCUUACUUCUUGGCAUGAGAAUAAAUACAGAGGAAAUGAGUCGAGACGCGGCCCUGUGUUGUGGUGAAGGGAGUGAGGACACGGUGGCUGAGCUAAGAAAGAUGAUCGAAGACUGCAAGACACCCCCUUUCCAACUAGUCCCCUCCUCUAUCAAGACGGAUAUACAGCCCUGUGUAUAUUACAAGCAGUUGAAUCUAUCAGCCACUAGGAAACAAUAUGUACCUGUGUGCAAUGCGUUUAUUGAGAUGUCGAAGAAAAAGAAAUAAAUUAUUUAUAUUCGUUAUGAUUGA